AUGGAAUCAGUUAAUAAUUGUAUUGAUGUUGAUGAUCAUGCUGAAAAGUUGGACUUUGAGAUUGAAGAAGCAUCUGCUUCGGUUGAACCGUCUAUAAAAAAAGCCAAGUCAUCAACAUCAGAGUGUUGGAAAUAUUUCACAAAGAUUGGACCGGGCAAAGAUGGGAUUGAUAGGGCAAGAUGCAAUGCUUGUAAGCAAGAGUACAAAGUGGGUGGAAAGCAAUAUGGUACGUCAACUUUAAACCGCCACCUCUCUAAGUGCAAACAAAUAAAAUUUGAAGAUGUUGGUCAAGUAAUGUUAGAUAUGCAAGGCAAACUAAAAUCUAUGAAAAUAGAUCAAAGGAUAUCACGUGACAUGUAUGCUGAAGCGGUUAUUGAGCAUGGUAUGCCCUUUAGGUUUGCUGAGUAUAAGAAGUUUAGGCGUUGGCAUUCCUACAUAUGUCCUGAUUUGAUUCAUAUUUCUAGAAAUACUCUUAAAAAAGAUGUCUACAAUCUCUACUUGAAAGAAAAGGAGAAGCUUAAAAACACAUUGGUUAGCAUCCGUAAUAAGAUAUGCCUAACUUCAGAUUUAUGGAAAACUGUUAAUGGUAAUGGUUACAUAUGUUUAACUGCUCAUUAUGUUGAUACAAAAUGGAGGUUAAACAGCAAAAUUCUCAACUUCUGUCAGAUGCCUCCUCCUCACACUGGAUUUGAGCUGUCACAAAAAAUACUUGAUAUGUUGAAGGACUGGGAAAUAGAGAAGAAGAUUUUUAGCAUUACUUUGGAUAAUGCAUCUGCUAAUGACACUAUGGAAGGGUUGAAAGUUUCUAAUGACGCUUUGUACAGAAUCAGAGAGAGUGUCAGAUGGAAUUCCACUUAUUUGAUGCUUGAAAGUGUUCUAAAAUAUAAACGUGGGUUUGUAUCUCUCCAAUUGAGUGAUAGAAAUUAUAAAGAUUGUCCUACAACGGAUGAUUGGGAAAGAGGAGAGAAGCUUUGCCGGUUCUUGUAG